AUGGAGUCUUCACAAAAUUCACAAAUUACCACUACGAUCUAUAAUGAAAAGAAGAUAACUUUUGAUGUUCCGGGAUGGGGACACACUCUAGUAUCAGUUAAUGAAUCGAUGAAUGCGCAAAAUCUUUACUGGUUUGUCGGACUUGAUAGUAUUGAUAUUAUUAAAGUUAUAUAUAGAGUCGAUGAUUUGGUUUUCGAAGCUUGUAAAGAUGAAAGUGUGAAAUUUAUCUAUGACAAAUGUGAUGAUAAAGUUGUAAAAGUUGUACCUCUCUUAGAAAAUGUUUCCGAAAAUGAUAUCGUUAUUAAUCAUUUUUGGAACCUUUCUAUAUUCGUGAAAGAAUUAUUUUUUGGAGCUUUACAAGAUCUUAAAUUUAAAAUAGAGGAAUUGGAUAUCAAAUCAAUUUGUUAUGGUGUUUGGCAAGACUUCAAAUUCUUAUUAGAAGUUCUUGACCUAAGAGGAAUGUGUACAAGUAUGUGGAUAGCGAUCAAACACAUAAUCAAGAUAUCCGAGAUAUUUGUUGGUAAUGUUAAAAAAUACGCAUACACUUAA